AUGAAUCCAACACCAACAGAAGGAAAGGUUUAUACACUUGAAAAGAGAUUACCAGCAGACUAUCAAAAAUCGAUCAAUGGUUAUGCAGAUUUUGUUGCCGAACAAUACAAAUUCUCUGUAAAGGCUCAUGAAAAGAUGCUUGAACAUUCUAUUUAUUCUGAAAUUCUUGUAUGUGUAGAUAGAAUAGUGAGUAGUAGUAGUAGUAGUAGUAGUAGUAGUAGUAGUAGUAGUAGUAGUAGUAGUAGUAGUAGUAGUAGUAGUAGUAGUAGAUAG